AUGGGAUCUUCAACAUUGGGAAAGGCAGCUUCUCUUGACGCUCUCUUAAAUGAAUGCAUUCAUGCAUUUGAUGACAAUGGAGAGCUGCAGUCCAACCUCCCUCGCAUUCUUCUGCUGAUGCAUCGCUGGUAUGUUACAUCUGCGGAACUGGCUGGAAAACUGCUGAUGAUAUACCGUGACUGCAAUGAUGACGACUGCCAGAAAACGAGACUGAAGAUUUGCUUCUUGAUGAGGUAUUGGAUAGGGACGUUCCCUGCAGAGUUCAACCUGGACUUAGGGCUGAUUAGGAUAACAGAGGAAUUCCGAGAAGUUGCUGAAAGGCUCAGUUGUGAGGAACAUUUCAAACUUAUCGACAUCUCCACCAUUCCAUCAUAUGAUUGGAUGCGUAAAUUGACGCAGCGUAAAAAACAGGUCAAGAAAGGGAAAGCUUCACUCUUGUUUGACCACCUUGAACCCAUGGAGCUGGCAGAACAUAUGACUUAUUUGGAGUUCAAAUCCAUUAGGAGGAUAUCGUUCCCUGAUUAUAAGAGCUACGUGAUCCACGGUUGCUUGGUGGACAACCCCACAUUGGAACGCUCGAUUGCUCUUUUCAAUGGAGUUUCACAGUGGGUCCAACUCAUGGUGUUAAGCAAGCUGACACCUCCAACCAGGGCAGAGGUGAUCACGAAAUACAUCCACGUUGCUCAGAAACUUCUUCAGCUGCACAACUUUAACACUUUAAUGGCAGUGGUGGGAGGACUGAGCCACAGCUCCAUUUCUCGUUUGAAGGAGACGCAAUCUUAUCUAUCUGUGGAGGUAGUGAAGAUGUGGCGCGAGAUGACGGAGCUGGUUUCUUCCAACAAUAACUACUCCUCCUACCGCAAGGCCUUCAAUGACUGUCAAGGCUUUAAAAUUCCCAUCCUGGGUGUGCACCUGAAGGACCUCAUAGCCAUGCAUGUGGUCUUCCCUGACUGGGUGGAAGGCAGUAAUAAGGUGAACUUAGUGAAGAUGCAGCAGCUCUAUAUGACUUUCAAUGAGCUAGUGUCAUUGCAGAGCACUGUGGCCCAAGUGGAGCCCAACAUGGACCUCAUCUACCUACUAACGCUUUCUUUAGAUCUUUACUACACAGAGGAUGAGAUUUAUGAGUUGUCAUUGCUCAGGGAACCGCGUAAUCCGAAAUCGCUGCCCACUUCUCCUACAAGUCCCAAUAAGCCUCUUGUACCACUGGACUGGGCCUCAGGUGUCACCACCAAACCAGACCCCUCCUUGGUCAAUAAACACAUCAGGAAAGUGGUUGAUUCAGUGUUCAGGAAUUAUGACCCUGACCACGAUGGCUAUAUUUCCCAAGAAGACUUUGAAAACAUUGCCGCAAACUUUCCCUUCCUGGACUCGUUCUGCGUUUUGGACAAAGAUCAAGAUGGGCUGAUCAGUAAAGAUGAGAUGCUAGCAUAUUUCCUUCGAGCAAAUCCACUGCUCCAGUGUAAAAUGGGUCCGGGAUUCCUCCAUAACUUCCAGGAAAUGACGUUUCUAAAGCCAACCUUCUGUGAACACUGCGCUGGAUUUCUCUGGGGCAUCAUCAAACAAGGCUACAAGUGCAAAGACUGUGGUGUCAAUUGCCAUAAACAAUGUCGGGAGCUGUUGGUCUUGGCUUGCAGAAAGCUGCUGCGUUCUGCUUCCUUCGGGUCUGUGACCCCUGAUAGACACACACGCAACUCUUUACCCAGCAGCCCUGCCCUCACCACUUGUACAGACAAGGACGAGGUGUUUAGCUUCCCUGCGACGACCUCAGCCAGUCCUAUUCGAGAUACUAAAAGCAUCACCCUAAUGACCGGCUCGGCCCAGAGGAUCUCUGUGCGUCUGCUGAGGGCCACAAUCAGCCAGGCUACUCAGACGGAACCUCUGUGGUCAGAACACAGCUGGGGGGUCACAGACAGCGGAUCUCACACCUUCCCCAAAACAAAAUAUAGGACUCACAGAGAAACCUCGAAAAAUCAAAACUCAUGGGAAAACCAGGACAACAAGCAGCAGCGGACAGGUUUGAUACAGUGCAGCGAUAAAUCUGGAAUUAUUCAGAAGAUGGGUGUCCCUGGAGAACUUGUGCAGAUUACAGAUCACAGGAUCCCACACAGAGGGAAGGUAAUGGAUGAAGUGUUUUGGGAAACAGGAAUGUAA